AUGAAAGCUCUUCCAGGUGAAAAGGCCGUGGGCUCUGUUCUCUCCAUUGACGAAGUCGGUAAUGGUCUGGACUCUAGUUCAUCUAAUGAAGAACACAAUGUUGGUCUUGAAAAGAAUUCCAAUUUCCUCUCUCUUUUAGGGUUCUCCUUUGGGUUGAUCUACUCAUGGCUAGGAGUGGCUACCCAAUUGGGUAUAGUGAUCUCUUCUGGCGGUGCUCCUAUCAUGGUAUGGGGUUUAGUCACAACUUGUAUUCUUGCUUCUUAUCUGUUCACCCAUCCCGACUUCAUCAUUGAGAAAUGGCAUACUUUUUUAGUCUAUGAGCUUCUUAAUAUCUUUAUUACUCUUUUCAACUUCUACUCAAAGACCUUGCCUUAUGUUACCAAAACGGCUUUCUAUCUCUCCAUAUUGACCUUCUUGGUCACCAUGAUAAUAAGUGGAGCCUGUGCUCUGGGUCGUUUCCAAAGCCCUUCGUUCGUGUUUAAAACUUUUGAUAAUGUCAUGGGCUGGUCCACUACUGGAAUGUCGUUUGUGGCCAAUAUGGUGGCUCCUAUUUGGCUGUUUGCCGGUAUCGAUGCUGCUUCUCAUCAAGGUUGA